AUGGGGACAAAAGUUAACACACUGCUGUUAAGAACACUGGCUGAGCUGUUUGAGACUCGCUUAUCAGGUGUCAAAAGGAAAACCUUAAACCAAGCCAAAGUGAGAAAUCUGAGCUUAUUUGGUUCACUGGUGAAGCAGCAUGCCAGCUUACUUCCCUCACCUUUGAUGCCAGCUGUCCUUUCCACCCGAAAUUUCAUUAAUCUGGCUGUUCCCAUUACAGCACGGCGAAUGGAGUAUUUUGAAAACCGGACUAUAGGGUACUCAGCUGAGCAGAUCUACAACAUAGUAGCCAGUGUGGACCAGUACCAGUAUUUUGUGCCUUGGUGCAAGAAGUCAAAGGUUAUGAAAGGGAUGAAUGGAGAUGUACAAGCACAAUUGGAAAUUGGAUUCCCUCCCUUCAGUGAGCGCUAUAUCUCUGAGGUUACUGUCAUCCCUAACCACCAAGUCAGGGCUGUGUGUACAAAUGGAUCACUCUUCAGUCACCUCGAGACAUUGUGGCAGUUCACGCCUGGUCCUGAGAAUCAAUGUGAUUCCUGUAAUGUGGAGUUCUAUGUGUCAUUUGAGUUCAAGUCCCUGCUCCACUCUCAGCUAGCAACAGUGUUUUUUGACGAGGUGGUUAAACAGAUGGUGAAUGCUUUUGAGAUGCGAGCAGCCAAACUUUAUAGCUGUUCACAGGAGACCAGCAGCAGCAGCAGCAUGAAAACAGUCUGA